AUUCUUGCAUUCCAACCGGUGAGGACCAACAAGAAGCAGUUCCUGCGUUAACGUUCCGAUACCGCCUCUCCAAAUACACAACCAUGAACGGACAGCUGAACGGUUUCCAUGACUCUCUCAUCGAAGAGGGCAGCUUUCUUUUUACCUCUGAAUCAGUUGGGGAAGGGCACCCUGACAAAAUCUGUGACCAAAUUAGUGAUGCAAUCCUGGAUGCCCAUCUGAAACAGGACCCUGAUGCUAAAGUAGCCUGCGAAACUGUGGCUAAGACUGGGAUGAUUCUCCUUGCUGGCGAGAUCACUUCAAGGGCUGUAGUGGACUACCAGAAGAUUGUGCGGGACACAAUCAAAUAUAUCGGCUAUGAUGAUUCCUCCAAAGGUUUCGACUAUAAGACCUGCAAUGUGUUGGUUGCCCUUGAGCAGCAGUCUCCAGACAUUGCCCAAGGUGUCCACCUGGAUAGGAAUGAAGUGGAUGUUGGUGCUGGGGAUCAGGGCCUCAUGUUUGGUUAUGCUUCAGAUGAGACAGAGGAGUGCAUGCCCCUCACAAUUAUCCUGGCACACAAACUGAAUGCUAGAAUGGCAGAGCUGCGUCGCGAUGGCACCCUGCCCUGGCUUCGUCCUGACUCAAAGACCCAGGUGACUGUCCAGUACAUGCAGGAUCGUGGUGCCGUGAUCCCAAUUAGAGUGCACACCAUUGUAGUCUCCGUACAGCAUGAUGAAGAGAUCUGCCUGGACGAGAUGCGUGACGCUCUGAAGGAGAAAGUGGUCAAGGCUGUGGUUCCAGUCAAGUACCUGGAUGAUGACACAAUCUACCAUCUGCAGCCCAGUGGCCGCUUUGUUAUCGGUGGGCCACAGGGAGAUGCUGGUUUAACUGGACGCAAGAUUAUUGUGGAUACUUAUGGUGGAUGGGGCGCUCAUGGAGGUGGAGCCUUCUCUGGCAAGGACUACACAAAGGUGGACAGAUCUGCUGCUUAUGCUGCCCGUUGGGUGGCAAAAUCCCUCAUUAAGGCUGGCCUUUGCCGCCGUGUCCUUGUCCAGGUUUCCUAUGCAAUUGGUGUUGCCCAUCCUCUGUCUGUUUCAAUCUUCCACUAUGGGACCUCGCAAAAGAGCGAGAGGGAGUUGCUGGCUAUAGUGCAGAAGAACUUCGACCUUCGCCCUGGUGUCAUUGUCAGGGAUCUGGAUCUGAAGAAGCCAAUUUAUCAGAGGACUGCAGCCUAUGGUCAUUUUGGUAGGGAGGGAUUCCCUUGGGAAGUGCCCAAAAAGCUGGAGUAUUAAUUGUUAGGCUUUUCCUCCUCUGAGCUGCUGGCGUUAUAUACAGAGAAGCCUGCAUAUUCCUAGGGAGGAAAAGGCCCCUGUUAAUGUUUCCUGUCAUUCUGUUGGUUCAGUGUAGUCUCCAGUGCCAUGUCCUGCUACUUAUAGACCAGGUACCAUGUUUGCACUGGUCAUCGCCCCUGCAUCUUUGCUGUCAUCUGUCUGAGGACUUGUAGCAGACAAGUCUUUUUUUUUUUUCAGUAAGCAUAUAGUAUAUUCCCAGGCUUUCAGUACUGCCAUGUGCACAACUAUUCUGUAUACUCCAGUAGAUUUGCUAUGGAUCUUGAUGGGUCCCAGCUUCUGUUCCUUUCGCUAGUCAACUUGUGACAUUCUGUGUGCAUUUAAUUCCCUAUGCAUACAACUCAGCACUUUGCCAAAACCAUACACUUGUAAUUUCCGAUAGCUGUUAAGCAGUGCACAUUUUUCAUCCCCUCCCCCAAAAAUUAUUUUUAAUUGGUCUUAGUGCUGUUAUCUUCUGGUGCCUGUACGCCCUAUUUAUUUCAACAAAACCUUUCCACUCAGCCACACUGCACAAGCCUCCCCCUGUCUGGUAUGUAAUACCUCUGCAAGUUGGUGCCAUGUUGCCUAUAUUCUCCUCUGCAGCUGGCUGGUGUGGCUACAGAGAAACCAGCUUGGCGCAGAGUUGAGGCACCCAACCAGCAGCAGCCAAGGGGAGGGUAAAAGGAUCUUACUUGAAAACGGAUGUGUUAACUGCUUUAUUUAUUGUGUUGCCAGGUGCGGGCGUAAGUACAGAGUAGCCGGUGCUGCAGGCAACUUUUAUAUAUAUAUAUAUUUUUUUUUUUUUACACUUUAUGCUGUUUCAGUUCUGACUCUCCAGUCAACCUCUGGCAUGCUAAGGUGUAGUACAGAAAAACCUUAGCUGUGCCCUGCAGAGGUCCUGGCUUGUUGUUGUGUAUCAUUCAGUUGGAGUGUCCUCUGCAGGAGUUUGCGCAAAUACCAGUGUUGUACAGAGAAACUGGUUGUUUACAUGCUGGUCCUGGAGAGGGUCCUCUGACUGCAAUAGGUUACACUAACCACUUUUUUAAACUAUUCCAUGUGUCUGGUUCUGGUAAAAAAAUACAAUCACAGCAAGAUUUCAUGAAUAAAGUAUUAGGUGCUCCCUUUAAAAA